AUGCACUUGGUUGAAAACAAAAUCCCACGUGACUGGCUCUGCUCUCAUGCUAUCAUGGCGUCUCCCAGUGGGAAGGGAGCCCAGGCGCAGGAGGCUCCUGGCUGCGGGCCCCAGCCGCUCGCCCGGGACCUGGUAGACUCUGUGGACGACGCGGAGGGGCUGUACGUGGCGGUCGAGCGCUGCCCGCUCUGCAACACCACCCGCCGGCGGCUGACCUGCGCCAAGUGCGUCCAGAGCGGCGAUUUCGUCUACUUCGACGGCCGCGACCGUGAAAGGUUUAUAGACAAGAAGGAAAGGUUAAGCCAGCUUAAGAGCAAGCAAGAAGAAUUUCAAAAAGAAGUAUUAAAAGCUAUGGAAGGAAAAUGGAUGACAGAUCAAUUGAGAUGGAAAAUAAUGUCCUGCAAGAUGAGAAUUGAACAGCUGAAACAAACUAUAUGUAAAGGAAAUGAAGAGAUGAAGAAGAAUGCCGAAGGCCUCCUCAAAACCAAGGAAAAGAAUCAGAAACUUUAUACUCGAGCACAACGGCACCAGGAAAAGAAGGAGAAGAUCCAGAGGCAUAAUCGCAAACUUGGUGACCUGGUAGAGAAAAAAAACACGGACUUAAGAAGUCAUUACGAGCGUCUGGCAGAUCUUCGGCGGUCUCACAUAUUAGAGCUCACGUCUGUCAUUUUUCCCAUCGAGGAAGUAAAGACUGGUGUGAGAGAUCCUGCCGACGUGUCUUCAGAGAGUGACAGCGCCAUGACCUCCAGCACCGUGAGCAAACUCGCGGAAGCGCGGAGGACGACUUACCUCUCGGGGCGAUGGGUCUGUGAUGAUCACAACGGGGAUACCAGCAUUAGCAUCACGGGGCCUUGGAUCAGCCUUCCCAACAACGGGGACUACUCGGCCUACUACAACUGGGUGGAAGAGAAGAAAACCACGCAGGGGCCUGACAUGGAGCAUAAUAACCCUGCUUACACGAUCAGCGCUGCAUUGUGCUACGCGACUCAGCUGGUCAACAUUUUGUCUCAUAUACUCGACAUAAAUCUUCCCAAAAAGCUGUGCAACAGUGAAUUUUGUGGAGAAAACCUCAGCAGACAGAAAUUUACUCGAGCAGUGAAGAAACUGAAUGCAAAUAUUCUUUACCUGUGCUUUUCCCAGCAUGUAAACUUAGAUCAAUUACAGCCACUGCAUACACUCAGGAAUCUAAUGUACCUGGUCAGUCCGAACUCUGAACACUUAGGCAGAUCAGGACCCUUUGAAGUGCGAGCUGACCUGGAGGAGUCCAUGGAAUUUGUGGAUCCCGGAGUUGCUGGAGAAUCAGAUGAGAGUGGAGAUGAGCACGUAAGUGACGAGGAAACGGACCUGGGCACGGACUGGGAGAACCUGCCAAGCCCCCGGUUCUGUGACAUCCCUUCCCAGCCGGUGGAAGUCUCCCAGAGCCAGAGCAGCCAGGUGUCCCCGCCCAUCGCGAGCAGCAGCGCUGGUGGGAUGAUCUCGUCGGCCGCAGCCUCGGUCACCUCCUGGUUUAAAGCUUACACUGGACACCGUUAACAGGCAGUGACCAAGAGGCGCCGCUACAGCCUGGAGAAGGCGCUUCUUCCACUCUCCAGUAAACGUUACGUGUUUAGCUAAGAUAGUGCCUGGAACAAAAAGAGGUUAAGCUGUUGGGGUUUCUUUUUUUUUUUUUUUUUAAAGCAGGGAGUCUAGCAUUUCUCUUGGUCAGCUGGGCAGUGGUGGUGACCGACGUGCUUAUGAUAAUUAACAGAACAGAGGGGUCACAGGUCCUUGUCCCAGACCAGUGCUGGUGGAGGAAGGCCCUGUUUGGUCAGUUCUGUUGAGGCAGAAAUGCAGGGAGCUUCCUCUGAGGACAGGCCAUGGACCCCUCAGACACAGCUGACAUGUUGGUCCCUUGUGAUGCUAAGACUGUUGCUAAACACUUUGUUUUGGAGAUUGAAUCACAAGGAAGUGAUUCUUCAUGAUUAGGACUUGAAAGAUGAAAACUGUUUAAUAUGAGUUCGUUUUUAUGCCAUUAGUUUUUUGUACAGAGAAUCGGCAGGCAAUUUGAAACACGUGGUUUCUUUAUAAUUUGGUCACGUUUGGUUUUUAGGUCAAGGAAUUUUGUUUCAUUUUAAAAGGGUGGGUUUUUUUAGUCUUGUUUUUGUUUUUGGAGGGAGAGAGGUAGUUGAAAAACGAUUUCACUCGUGCUGCUCCGUUGUGGCCCGUCGGACAUUCCUGUUCUCUUUCUCCCCACACACCAAAGAAACCAAGGUCUUUUUUUCUUUAGGACCCAUAUCCAUGAAUAGAAGAGAUGCUGGCUGCAAUACUGUCAUAGAGAUUUAAGAACUGUUUUCUUGUGUUUUGAGGGAAAUUAAGUUCAUUCUUACCUAGACUGAAUUCCUACCACCCACUCCGUGUGCAUUUUGAAAUUGCACUAUUUUCUGUGGGUAAAAAGUCAGUCAUUAAGGAUGUUCCCUUAUGGAAGCCAAAUGCCUGCCUGGACACAGGUUAAAAGCCACUGACGUGGCCUCUGGCCAUUCUUCUGCUGUCUAGUUUCUUUCUAAGGGCUUCAGUAAGUAGCAGGUUUCUCCAGGGAAAACCACCCUGCUUGUUUGUUUCCUAGGUCUUUGUUGCUCUAAGAACACUACCUUUGCUCUGAAAUGCAGAGCACAUCAUUAUAACUAAUACUGCUCUUCUCUAUCCUGGGAAAGCUCUGAUGGAAGGAAUUUUCUCUCACCAAGAGAUCAUUUUCAGCUAAUGUGUCUUAUCCUUCUCUUAGUGACAAUCUCAUAAGAAAACCGUGGAGAGGCAUUAUGUACAAAUAUGUAAGUAGUUUUUUAUUUUUAAUAACUACAAAGAAAAAUCCUAUGUAACAACUACAAAUGAAAUCCUAUGAAAAAUUCCUAGCAGGCAUUAUCACCAUAUCUUGUUAGUGUGACUGGCAUGAUAGUACCUCAUAAAUCACUCGGAGGUUUGUCCCACCCUAGCUUCUUUUCUCGUUGUAAUUAUUAUAGUUGACACUUUGCCUCCAAAUCUGAGGUGCUAUAUAUAGCUCUUGCUAUUUGGUAUACUUAGUGUUUGGUAGAGUUUGGGGUAGAAUUGCAGAGAAUGUUUAUUCCUACCCAGGAAUUCUGAGUUCCCUGACUUUAUGAAUUUUCCACUGAGGGAGGAAACAGGCUUUUCCCCUUGUGGGUUCUUAUUACAGCCAGUAUGGGUUUUAAGUGCUGGCCUUCGUGAUUGCUGGGUUGCAUCGCCCCAUCCAUGUCUGUAGAGUAGUUCAUAGAGGGUGGCUGUGGUAAACUUGAACAAAUACCAGAUGAACUUAAAAUCCCACGAGAUGAGAGUUGUUUAGGCAUUCAGACCCUCAAAGAGCUUAGUCUUGGAACACUGGGAUUUGGGGCUUGGGGGUAGAAAACAACUUUAGCUGAAAAAGUGCACAGCAGUCACGGUUCUUCUCAAGCAAUCUUACAAAGAAGAUAUCACAAACUAGAGUAAUUCAACAAAACUUACAUGGAUAUGGGAAAUGUAGGGAUUGAUAGGGUAUGUUUUAUUGUUGUUAAUAUCAAAUAGAGGCACUUUACUUAGGGUUAAAUGAUCAAACCUUUAAUGGUUUUGAACACCAACAUACUGGCUUAACACUGCUGAGAUAUUUUGGUUUUCAUUAUUUUGCACUGGAUCCACCCUGUAAAUAUUCUUAAAUAUACAUUUCAACCACUGUUUGUUUUUUCUACUCUCUUUGCUGCUCAUUAAAAUCUCUCAUGGAGGUGCCAGAACCAUAUGUAAACAGCUUUUUAAAGAAUUGAAGCUGGUAUUUUUUUUUUUUUUCCUAAACAAAAAAAAGCCAUAGAACCUGGUCAUGUUUUCCAUAGUAAAAUGAUUUGUUGAAACAAGGUAAUACUAGAAAAACUCACAGGCACCACAUAGGCUGCUUUAAAUGGUCUGUUAAAGACUGUUUUUGGAAUGGGGUGUAACGAAGAAAAGUUUUGCACAUCUGUAAGUUCAGGGGGGGAACAAUGUCAACAUCGGGAAGUGGACAGAAUUCAUGUAAGGAGUCGUGCAUUGAUAAUAUGGGGAAGAACGUCUGGUGGCAUGCUGUUAAAAGAAUCUCCUCGAGGCGUCACAUUGCAGGGAUUCCCACUGCUCUGCGACUUCCAAACCAGUUUGAGUCAUACAAAUAAAUGUUUUCUAAACUUUUGUUGUAUUAUUGCAAUAAAUCUUUUAACAGUA